CAAACCCAGAGUUUUCCUGGCCGGCUUUGCGACAUUCCUCUCCAGUAAAGGCAGAACCUAAGGCGCAGUUUCCCAGCUCUGCCGUAAGCUCGUGUGCUGAGAAGAUGGUCUGCAGAGUUCUGGAGACACACCGCCCGUGCUGAUGGGACAGGGUCCAAUAUGAGCGUGAGUGAUGGAGGGAGACGACGCCUGGAGGAUAGUGAGCACACGUUGCGGGUCUAUCCUGGGACCAUUUCAGAAGGGACCAUCUACUGUCCAGUUCCUGCUAGGAAAAGCUCCACAGCUGCCGAGGUGAUCGACUGUCUUAUAGACAGACUUCGUCUUGACAAAACAAAAUGUUACGUUUUGGCCGAGGUAAAGGAAUUUGGGGGAGAAGAAUGGAUACUCAAUCCAACAGACUGUCCAGUGCAGCGAAUGCUGCUGUGGCCUCGAAUGGCUCUGGAAAAUCGCCUGAGUGGCGAGGACUACCGUUUCCUUCUGAGAGAGAAAAACCUCGACGGAUCUAUCCACUACGGUAGUCUGCAGUCAUGGCUGCGGGUGACAGAGGAGCGGCGCAGGAUGAUGGAGCGGGGUUUUCUUCCUCAGCCACAGCAGAAAGAAUUUGAUGACUUGUGUAGUCUACCUGAUUUGAAUGAGAAAACUCUCUUAGAAAAUCUACGAAAUCGCUUUAAGCAAGAAAAAAUUUAUACCUAUGUUGGCAGUAUUCUAAUAGUUAUUAACCCAUUCAAGUUUCUUCCUAUUUAUAACCCUAAGUAUGUCAAAAUGUACGAUAACCACCAGUUGGGCAAGCUUGAGCCGCACAUUUAUGCCGUGGCGGAUGUAGCUUACCACGCCAUGCUCCAGCGCCGGAGAAACCAGUGCAUUGUCAUUUCUGGAGAGAGUGGUUCUGGGAAGACUCAAAGCACGAACUUUCUUAUUCACCAUCUGACUGCUCUAAGUCAGAAAGGGUUUGCCAGUGGGGUAGAACAGAUUAUUCUUGGAGCCGGACCAGUGCUGGAGGCCUUUGGAAAUGCAAAGACAGCUCAUAAUAACAAUUCAAGUCGCUUUGGCAAGUUUAUUCAAGUCAAUUACCAGGAAACAGGCACAGUACUCGGUGCCUAUGUUGAAAAAUACCUACUGGAGAAGUCCAGACUCGUUUACCAAGAGCAUAAUGAACGGAACUACCAUGUAUUCUAUUACCUCCUGGCAGGCGCAAGUGAAGAAGAGAGGUUAGCAUUCCACCUUAAACAGCCAGAAGAAUAUCACUAUCUCAAUCAGAUAACAAAGAAACCCCUCAGACAGAGCUGGGAUGAUUAUUGCUAUGACUCUGAGCCGGAUUGCUUCACGGUGGAGGGGGAAGAUUUGAGGCAUGACUUUGAACGCCUACAGCUGGCCAUGGAAAUGGUAGGAUUUCUUCCCAAGACGCGAAGACAGAUCUUCUCUCUCCUCUCGGCAAUACUGCAUUUGGGUAAUAUCUGUUACAAGAAGAAGACAUACCGGGACGACUCCAUUGAUAUCUGUAAUCCUGAAGUUCUGCCUGUUGUCUCAGAAUUAUUAGAAGUUAAAGAAGAGAUGCUGUUUGAAGCGUUAGUUACACGGAAGACAGUGACAGUGGGAGAAAAGCUUAUUUUGCCGUACAAGUUGGCAGAGGCUGUGACGGUGAGGAACUCCAUGGCUAAGUCUCUGUACAGUGCCCUGUUUGACUGGAUAGUUUUUCGAAUUAACCAUGCACUUCUGAAUAGUAAAGAUUUGGAGCACAAUACCAAGACUUUGUCCAUUGGUGUUCUUGAUAUUUUUGGAUUUGAAGAUUAUGAAAAUAAUAGCUUUGAACAGUUCUGUAUUAAUUUUGCUAAUGAACGUUUACAACACUACUUUAAUCAGCACAUCUUCAAAUUGGAGCAAGAGGAAUAUAGAAUGGAAGGAAUCAGCUGGCAUAAUAUAGAUUAUAUUGAUAAUAGCUGUUGUAUCAAUCUCAUUAGCAAAAAACCAACAGGACUGCUGCAUCUUUUGGAUGAAGAAAGCAACUUUCCACAGGCUACAAAUCAAACAUUGCUAGACAAGUUUAAGCAUCAACAUGAAGAGAAUUCUUACAUUGAAUUUCCAGCAGUAAUGGAGCCUGCUUUCAUCAUAAAACAUUAUGCUGGGAAAGUAAAGUAUGGGGUCAAGGAUUUCCGGGAGAAAAACACAGACCACAUGCGCCCGGACAUUGUAGCUCUUCUGAGGAGCAGCAAGAAUGCAUUUAUCUCUGGGAUGAUUGGCAUCGAUCCUGUCGCUGUUUUCCGAUGGGCAGUUCUCCGAGCUUUUUUCAGAGCUGUGGUUGCUCUCAGGGAAGCUGGGAAAAGACACAUCCAGAGGAAAACUGGACAUGAUGAUACAGCGCCAUGUACAAUUUUGAAAAGCAUGGAUAGUUUUAGCUUUCUGCAACACCCAGUCCACCAGAGGAGCUUAGAGAUUCUGCAGAGGUGCAAGGAAGAGAAGUACAAUAUAACCCGGAAAAGUCCCAGAACACCUCUUUCUGAUCUCCAGGGCAUGAAUGCUCUGAAUGAAAAAAACCAGCAUGAUACGUUUGAUAUUACCUGGAAUGUCAGAACUGGGAUUCGCCAGAGCAGACUGUCAAGUAGUACUUCUUUGCUUGAUAAAGAUGGAGUAUUUGCGAAUUCAGCCAGCAGCAAACUUCUGGAGAGAGCCCAUGGGAUUCUCACGAGGAGCAGAAAUUUCAAGUCCAAGCCUGUUCUUCCAAAGCACUUGUUGGAGGUCAACUCUCUGAAGCACCUGACAAGUCUGACUCUGCAGGACCGCAUAACCAAGUCCCUGAUGCAUCUGCACAAGAAGAAGAAGCCUCCGAGCAUCAGCGCCCAGUUCCAGGCCUCAUUAAGCAAACUGAUGGAGACACUUGGUCAAGCAGAACCGUAUUUUGUAAAGUGUAUUCGCUCUAACGCUGAAAAGUUGCCCUUAAGGUUCAGUGAUGCCUUGGUACUCAGACAGCUUCGAUACACUGGGAUGUUGGAGACAGUCCGAAUUCGUCAGUCAGGAUACAGCUGCAAAUAUUCUUUCCAGGAUUUUGUGAGCCACUUCCAUGUGCUGCUUCCCCGAAAUAUUAAUCCAUCAAAAUUUAACAUUCAGGAUUUCUUCAGGAAAAUAAAUCUUAAUCCAGAUAAUUAUCAAGUUGGAAAAACCAUGGUCUUCCUAAAGGAGCAGGAGCGACAGCACCUACAAGACCUGCUUCACCAGGAGGUGCUGCGCAGGAUCGUGCUUCUGCAGCGCUGGCUCCGGGCCUUGCUGUGUAGGCAGCAUUUCCUCCGCAUGAGGCACGCAUCCAUCAUGAUCCAGCGUUUCUGGAGGAGUUGCCUCACUCAGAAGCAGGCCCGGGGUGAAGCUUUGCUGGAAGAUGCUGCGGCUUUGGCCAGUGCAGCUGCACGUCUGCAGGCUUCCUGGCGUGCGCAUUCGGAGCGGCAGCGCUACUUAGAGCUUCGAGCCGCAGCCGUGGUCAUCCAGCAGUGGUGGAGGGAGCACCAGAGACGCAGACACAGGGCUGCUGUGUGCAUACAGGCGAGGUGGAGAGGUUACAGGCAAAGCAAGCAGUACCAAGAGCAGAGGAGCAAAGUUAUCCUCCUGCAGUCAACAUGUAGAGGAUUCAGAGCAAGGCAGAGAUUUAAAGCGUUAAAAGAGCAGAAACUUAAAGAAGCAAAACUAGAACUUGGAUUGGAGAGCAUAGAGGCAUAUGGAGCUCUGGACAUUCAGGGUUCAGACCCUUCCAGCUGGGAGGAUUGCUCCUUUGACAGCAGAGUGAAAGCCAUAGAGGAAUGUAAGUCUGUGGCAGAGAGGAAUCGCCCCAGCCGUGAAGGCUCAGUGGACUGCUCAAGGGAGCCCCCAAACAUGCGGCAGGAGAGAGCCAGAAGCCAGAGUGGUGUGGACUCGCAGGGAGACGUGGUGGUAAGAGAACGGCCUAAGUCCUUGGAGGACCUGCAUCAGAAGAAAGCAGGCCGGGCCAAAAGAGAGAGUCGGAGAAUGAGAGAACUAGAGCAAGCUAUAUUUAGCCUUGAAUUGCUCAAAGUCCGUUCUCUGGGAGGGGUGUCUCCUUCCGAGGAACGCAGGUGGUCCACGGAGUUGGUGCCUGAAGGCCUGCCCUCUCUGCAGGGCACGCCUGAUAGCGAAAGCUCUCAAGGAAGCUUGGAGCUUCUGAGCUGCGAGGAAACCCAAAAAGGCAAACCAGAGUCUGUGAUUGUAGAUGGAGGAGAUCUGCAGAUUCCAGCACCUGCAGUAUCUAGCAGUCCAAAAGCUGACGCACAGGACUACCCCCGCAGCGCCUCCAUUGAGCUGAGCUGUGUGUCUCUUCACAAGGGAGUGCCUGUAGACUCAGCGCCCUCGCAGGGUGACUCUGGGGAGGAGAAGCUGUUCUGCCGCUCUGAACCUGUUACCUGUAAGCCACAGCCAAGAGAUCCGUUUAUUUCCAAUAGUCUGCCUACUUUUUUUUAUAUUCCCCAUCAAGACCCACUAAAAACAAGUUCCCAACUAGACACAAGCAUCCAAAGAAACAAAGUGUUAAAAAGUGAAGACACGCAGGGGACAACUCUUUCUUUCGACGUCAGCAGGGAAGCUGAAAAGCAUCACUUCUCAGAAGAAGAUCACAUUACUCCUUUUUUGAAGACAGAAUCUGCCAGUACUGUGCUUAAGAAGUUAGAAAAGCUGAAUACGGAAAAGGAAGAAAGGCAAAAGCAGUUGCAGCAGCAGAAUGAGAAAGAGAUGAUGGAGCAGAUCCGCCAGCAGACAGACAUCCUAGAGAAGGAACGUAAAGCCUUCCAGACCUUGGAGAAGCCAAGAACUGGAGAGUCCUUCCUGGCACCAUCUUUCUGUCUUUCCAAGCAAAGAAUGGAGAGGCCGUCCUCCCUACUCAUCCCAAAUGUCCCAAAUAAGGGAGAACCUGGUGCAGGAGGAUCCCCAUCAGUAACUGUAAAAGAUACAGCUCUCGCCCCAAAAGACAGUUCCUCUGCUCACUUAGCCUCGAAGGACAGACCUGUAACUCUGUUCUUUGAAAGAAAAGGAGCCCAGUGCCAAUCUGGUGGUGUCAAGGAAUCAUCUAAGACAGACAGAAUGGGCACCCAACAGAGCAUAGCCUGUAAACCCUCCAGUAAUCGCGUUUCAAAAAGAGAGCACCUUAGGCCAACUCCGUCUUCUGGCCACAAAUCUGAUGACCCUUCCAGAGAGGGAACUACACGGGCCAUUUUCUUUACACCAAAGGACAGUGUGAAUAUGCCCCUUGUCAACAGAGAAGCCUUAAACAGUGAAAACCCUCACGUACAUAGAAAAGAGGAACCAACUUGGAAACCUGUGAAAUUAACUGGGCCUGGCCAAGGAGAGCAGGUUGCCAGACCGGCCCAUAAAAAGAAAGCUCGAAUGGCGCGGACGCGCUCCGAUUUCUUGACUAGAGGUACUUUUGCCGAUGGGGAGGGGGAUACAGAGGAAGAUGAUUUCGAUGACAUUAUUGAGCCCCUUCUCUCCCUUGACCAAGCUUCUCACUCUGAGCUAGGGUCUGCAUCCAGCCUGGGGCAGGCCUCUCACAGUGACUCCGAAAUGACAUCACAGAGAUUUUCUGCAAUUGAUGAACAAGCAAAGCUUCAUAAGACUAUGUCCCAAGGAGAGAUUACGAAGUUGGCAGUGAGACAGAAAGCUUCAGAUUCGGAUAUAAGACCUCAGAGAGCUAAGAUGCGGUUCUGGGCCAAAGGGAAACCAGGGGAGAGGAAGAUGGCCAGAGUGAAGCCUGCCCCACAGUUGGAUGUCUCGUCACAUCUGUGUCCAGACGAAUUACCUCAGUAUCAUCCAACACCUCCUUUGAGCCCAGAACUGCCUGGCAGUUGCCGGAAGGAGUUCAAAGAAAACAAAGAACCUUCUCCAAAGGCGAAGCGCAAGCGGAGUGUGAAGAUCAGCAGUGUGGCUUUGGAUUCUGCGCACUGGCAAAAUGACUCUGUCCAGAUCAUAGCAAGUGCCAGUGAUUUAAAGAGCAUGGAUGAAUUUCUUCUGAAAAAGAUGAAUGACUUAGAUAAUGAAGACAGCAAGAAGGAUACACUGGUGGAUGUUGUGUUUAAAAAAGCCCUGAAAGAAUUUCGGCAGAAUAUUUUCAGCUUUUAUUCAUCUGCAUUGGCGAUGGAUGAUGGGAAAAGCAUACGGUAUAAAGACCUCCACGCACUGUUUGAGCAGAUUCUGGAAAAGACCAUGAGACUGGAGCAGCGUGACUGGAGUGAAUCUCCAGUGAGAGUUUGGGUCAAUACUUUUAAAGUGUUUUUAGAUGAAUAUAUGAAUGAAUUCAAGACUUCGGAUUGCACAGCCACAAAGGUACCAAAAACAGAAAGGAAGAAAAGAAGGAAAAAAGAAACUGAUUUGGUGGAAGAGCACAAUGGUCACAUCUUUAAGGCCACCCAGUAUAGCAUCCCUACAUACUGUGAAUACUGUUCUUCUUUGAUAUGGAUAAUGGACCGAGCCUCUGUUUGCAAAUUGUGUAAAUACGCCUGCCAUAAGAAGUGCUGUCUGAAGAGCUCAGCCAAGUGCUCUAAAAAGUACGAUCCAGAACUGUCAUCGCGUCAGUUUGGGGUUGAGCUGUCCCGUUUGACCAGUGAAGACCGAGCUGUUCCGUUGGUGGUGGAGAAGCUUAUAAACUACAUUGAGAUGCACGGGCUGUACACGGAAGGCAUCUACCGGAAGUCUGGUUCCACUAAUAAAAUCAAGGAGCUUCGGCAAGGUCUAGAUACAGAUGCUGAGAGUGUAAACCUAGAUGACUAUAACAUACAUGUCAUCGCAAGUGUAUUCAAACAAUGGCUUCGGGACUUGCCCAAUCCACUCAUGACCUUUGAACUCUAUGAGGAAUUUCUUCGAGCUAUGGGCCUUCAGGAGAGGAAGGAGACGAUCCGCGGGGUGUACUCUGUGAUCGACCAGCUCUCUCGGACUCACCUCAAUACACUGGAGCGCCUCAUCUUUCACCUGGUCAGGAUUGCUCUACAGGAAGACACAAACCGAAUGUCUGCUAAUGCUUUGGCCAUUGUGUUUGCACCCUGCAUUCUCCGCUGUCCCGACACCACUGAUCCACUGCAGAGUGUGCAGGACAUCAGUAAGACCACCACCUGUGUGGAACUGAUUGUUGUGGAACAAAUGAAUAAAUACAAGGCUCGUCUCAAAGACAUCAGCAGCCUGGAGUUUGCUGAGAAUAAGGCAAAGACCAGGCUGUCACUGAUUCGUAGAUCCAUGGGAAAGGGACGUAUCCGUCGAGGAAACCAUCCGAGCCCAUCCUCUCCCGUGAUGGUUCGGUUGCCUUCUGUGUCUGACGUCCCAGAGGAGCCGCUGACCAGCGAGGCAGCCCUGGACACUGAGCUCACCGAGCAGCAGCAGGCAGCCAUGCAGCAGGAGGAGAGGGUACUGACGGAACAGAUUGAGAGCCUGCAGAAGGAGAAGGAGGAGUUGACGUUUGAGAUGCUUGUGCUGGAGCCCCGUGCCUCUGAUGAUGAGACCCUCGAGUCCGAAGCUUCCGUUGGGACAGCCGACAGCUCAGAGAAUUUGAACGUGGAGGCCGAGGGUGCUGUCUCCGAGAAACCAGAGAGAAGCUCCGCCCUUAGCUCCCUGAAGGCCGCCGGCAAGCUCGACCCUUCAGGCAAGUCGCGAAAGCCACUCAGGAAGCAACCGGACUCUGUGGCUUCAGCGGACUGCUCGGCCCCUUCCUAUCCGUCCACCACCGCAUCAUCUCAUGGGACCAGAAAGAGGUUUCAGAUUUAUUCCAAAUCUCCCUUCUACCGAGCUGCUCCCGCCGGAGAGGCCCUGGAAGGAGCACCAGGCCUGAGCAGAUCCCUGGAAGACAGGCCUCAGUUCAUCAGCAGAGGCACUUUCAACCCUGAAAAGGGCAAACAAAAGUUAAAGAAUGUGAAAAACUCACCUCAGAAAACCAAAGAGACCCCAGAGGGGCGCAGGAAGCCUGGGGACCCCGACGGCAGCUCCACACCACAGUUAGCGCUCUUUGGAAACCACGAGUUUAUGGUGUGACCUGGUGGCUGCGUGUCCUGUCGCCACAUCCACGGCAGUCCCUCCUGCGUGCAGCCCCGCCUCUUGCCCGAGCACCUGGCUACGACCCCUUGUACAGAGGGGAAGGCCUCUCGAGGCCUGCUGGGAACAGUGCCAGCCUGAGACCACACUGAAGUGAGCCACCUGAACCUGGGCCUGGGCUGGCUGUGCGUUCCUCUCCUCCACCCUCUCGGAGGCUGAGGGACCCUCUGACUUCUGACAUUUGAUGAAAAUGUAGACACCUUUGUCAACCAUGAAAGCAAAGCCUUUGGGUAUAUUUUGGGAUGGUUAGGAGCUGGAGUAUAUAUAAUUCUUCCCCAAGGUUUAUAAACAUUAUAUGUAAGCCCUCUAUUUUAAGAUUUUUUUGAAAAGCACUCCAUGGUGUAUUCUGGAGGAACAUGCAGUGUGUCCAUGAGGCUUUGGAGCGUGAGGCUGAGAGCACAUGUGUCGUCUGUGCUGCUGUCGUGGCCAGCGCUGCUGGCUCAGCUCCUGGACAGCCCGUUCCACCCUGCUCCCUGGGCCAGCGUCAGAUGCCUCUCAGAGACCCAGGGUCCCAACACAGGAAGCUUCUGCCCUAAUCCCCCACUUUACCUCUGUGGAGACCGAGCUGCAGCCACGGCUGAGCCUGGUCAUCCUGUGGGCCCCGCCCACCACAGGUCCACACAGACUGUGUGACCUCCUGUCACAUCCCCAAAUAGGCACGCACACCACUGCAUGAACAAAUGUUAGAAAGCUGCCAAAAUAUUUUACUGAGUUUUUAACAUGACCCAUCUAACUCUGCCUUCCUUUCCUCAGACCGGCAGUAUUAAAUAGACGACAGAAGAAAUCCAGGACGACUUGAAGCUAUUUUUGUUAAUAUUCUGUGACUGCGUUUACUGUAAAUAUCUGUGUAUAGGAUGCAUAUUUCUUUUUAACCGUGCGCUUCCAUCCUUCCUCACGGAAUUUCUUCCCACAGAUGGGGGCUGUGGCUGGGCUGAAGGAAGAGUAAGGCCAUUCUUGGUAACCGCCGGUGGUCCCCGUACACCUCAGUUAUAAUAAUGCUUUAAGCAUCUUAGCGUGUGUGGGAUUGGACAUGUUUUUGCUAUUUAUGAUUAUGAAAAAUGAAACAUGAUACCCUUGAGAUAAGUACAUGGAAAUGUUGAUUUGUAAAGUUACUAAAUGCAUCUGUCUAACCACCACACGCACUGCUCAGCCAGAGCCAGAGCCAGAGCCAGAGCCAGAGCCAGAGCCGUCUCUCACCCGAGUUUUGGUUUUUCCGCUUUCCCGAUUUGCCUCUUUGGAAGUUAGGGGAAUCCUGUCUUCUGUUAAGGCAGAGCCCCGCUGUGCCCCAGCACCGAGCCUCCCGCCACUGCUCGGUGGUUCUGGGAGCCCCUCUGGGUGGCAGCUGGAGCAGCAGCAGCUAUGUCUCUCCUGGCUGCGGCUGCCAGCUGGGCCUGGGGAAUGGUGAGCCUCCCGGUCUCCAGAUGGUGAUGGUAACUGAGUCAGUGCUGAGUCCAUGCCCCACCAACGCCUGCCGUCCUGCCAUGGUGUUCCGAGGAGUCCCCGCGUGGGAAGCCUCUCUCCGAGGGACCCCAGCUGAUCUGUGCUGUGGCAGGAUUGCAGGGACAGUGACGUGCUGCCCAGCGCUGUCACUCCCACUUGCUCCACAGUGUUGCUGAAGCACCGUAGAAAGGGGUCACCCUUGCUGGAUGCUUUGCUUUGGCCCCAAGAACACCUCUUGGCACCCAGUCCUCCCUCGUAAAAAUAUGUGUGGGCUUUGGCAGUUUAAAAACUACUUACACUAUAGGUCACUUUAUAGGAACUAGGUGAUGGAUGCUAAGAGACUUUAUAAUUUUGCUCAGGGACCUAAAACCUGAAUUUGGAUAAAAACUAAAUAAAAGCUAAUGUUUUCUCCAUUA